GGAGAUCAUGCUCCUUCAAUUGCCACCACAGACGAAACUCUAGGGCACUUUGCAAUUUGUGGCUUAGGUUGGUUCUGCUUAUAUAUAGGAAAUGAAAGUUUAAUUAGGUAGUCUGUCCUUUGUCCAGUAUCUGAAGGUGCCUAGCUAAUCAUGAAAACCUGGGGUCCUCAUGGAGCAAUGGUACUAGUUCACCUAGCUAAACAAGGGACUAAAUCAAAUCGUCUUUGUGGAGUACAGACAUAUCAUUGCCACGCUUUUGCUAGGUCCCUUUGCUUAUGUACUUGAAAGGUAAGGAUCCCUUAAUCUGUCAUAGCUUUUGCGUUGAUCCUCCAUCUGAUCAUAUGGCCUAAAUGAAAUAAUUAGAGGAUAAAAGAAGAGCAGUAAUUUCUUUAAAUGUAUUUGCACAGCAGGACGCAACGCCCUUCACUCUCAUUUUCAGUGAUGAUGAAGAUUUUUGUGUUAGCCUCACUAGGCACCACCAUCUUUCUUAAUGUUUACUAUGCUGGUUUACAUUACACUUCUGCAACAGUUGCAAGUGCCUUGAGUAAUGGUAUUCCCAGUUUGACAUUUCUUAUGGCUGUUCUUUUUAGGAUGGAAGAGGUGAGGAUUCAAAGUGCAAGAGGUCGAGCUAAGGUGUUGGGCACAAUGGUUUGCAUUGGUGGGGCACUUACUUUUACCUUUUGGAAAGGAGGGUGCCUGUUCAAUGGCUUCACAGAAAGACCACUGAUCAACGUCUACAGUACCAAAGGUUCCGCUAGUGAGCAUCAUGGUAUGAAAAACUGGAUCAAAGGCUCAGUUCUCAUUCUGAUCAGCCAUAUUGCAUGGAGCUCGUGGCUCAUUCUCCAGGUGAUAUCUACUUCAUUGAAAAUAAUAAGCCUGUAUCACUAUAUAUGUUAUUUGUACCUAAUCCAUCGAAAGGAGCUCGGAACUUGGACACUGUUUUCACAGGCUGUAGUGUACAAAGUCUACCCAGCUCGAUUAUCUCUGAAUGGUCUUAUCUGCUUCUUUGCUUCACUGCAAUCUUCCUUCCUUGCCUUGAUUUUUGCAAGGAAUCCAGUCUUGUGGAAGCUAGAAUGGAAUGUGCAGCUCUUGACCAUCAUAUACUGUGGAGUUGUGGGCUCAGGAUUGGUGUACUACUUGCAAACUUGGUGUAUCAGUAAGAGAGGACCGGUUUUUGCAGCAAUGUUUACUCCAUUACUAGUUAGUUUUGUGGGAAUAUUCUCAGCAGUAGUUGCUUUUGCAGAGCGUCUUCACUUGAGCAGCUUGAUAGGAGCAUUUCUCAUCAUUGCUGGCCUUUACAUUGUCCUGUCGGGUAAGAGGAUAGAUGGUCGCUCUGAAGGAAUAAGUAAAGAGUAAAAAAGGCUUGGAUGAUGAUAAGAUACUGGAGAUUUCUAUAAAUGAUCAGCCUGGUAUAAACCCCAUCACAAAUGAAAAGAAAUGAGAAUUGGGUUAAGGGAAGGGAAAGGAAAAAAUGAACAAAGUUUGGUCAAAGGUUUUGUCUUGAUUGAAGUCAUGUAUGCUAAGGCUAAUCAGCAGGAAAAUGGUUGAAUCUUUUUUCAUUAUGACAAUCCAAGUGGUUGAGACCCAGUCAUCACGGUUGUAAUUG